UUGAGUACUGGUGUGUACAUAAUUCCAGCAGCAGUAAGAUUGGCUUCACCAACCACCACCACCCUACUUGCCAAGCAACAUGGGAGCUGCACCAGCCACGGGCUAAAUCCAACAAUCGGUUCCUUAUAAUUGAAAUACUUGCUGCUAUUUUAUCUUCAUGACCGAAACAGCCCAUUUCCUAGAGGACGUAGAUUGUCUCCCAAUCUACUUUUCCCCCCUUAGAUCAGGAUAACCUCGUGAAACAAACCGAGCAUGGCAUGAAAACUCUCAGUGGUUAAAGGAGUUCACCAGCCUGCGUGAAAAUAGAGGAAGUUAAAACCACUGCCUCUACCUAUUGUCUUCUUUAUUGUUACGUGGGCAACUUCCUGCUUUUAAAAUGGGCCCUUCACUAGAAAAGGAACUAAAAUAAGAAGACCAGCAAACAGCAUUUUGUUCCAGGUAGAUCCCAUAAGAGAGGCAUCGCUGAGUCUAAAUCGCAUUCCAGGAUGACCACAGGAUCAAAUUAUGACAAUAACAAUAGCUUGGGAAUGUUGUAUUACGUGCUGCUAUGGCUAGUCAUCUGCUUUUUCUGGUGGAAAUGGAGAGCAGGAGAAACCUUAAAUAAGUUGCAACUUGAAGGGAAGUAUGUCGUCAUCACCGGCUGUGACUCUGGCUUUGGAAAGCUGGCGGCGAAGGCUUUGGAUGAGAAAGGGUUUUAUGUUAUUGCCACCUGCCUGACAGAAAAGGGAGAAGAAGAACUAAAAGCAAGUACUUCUGAGAAUUUAAAAACCAUGCUGCUGAAUGUGACAGAUGCAGAAAACGUUAAACAGGUGGCAGAAAAAGUUAAGACAGAAGUAGGAGGAAAGGGUUUGUGGGGCCUGAUCAAUAAUGCAGGAAUCAUGGGACCAUCGGCGCCAACUGACUGGUUGAAGAUUGAGCACUACAAAGCACCAAUUGAAGUUAAUUUAAUCGGUCUCAUAAACGUUACACUACACCUCCUGCCACUGGUGAAGAAAGCCAAGGGAAGAAUAAUAAAUGUAACUAGUGUUGGUGGCGUUGUGGCAAUAUGUUCAGGUGGUUACUGCCCAUCCAAAUUUGGGGCAGAAGCAUUCACUGACAGCUUAAGGCAUGACAUGAAGCCCUUUGGUGUUAAGGUGUCUUGCAUUGAGCCUGGGCUGUUCAGUACAGGGCUCUCUGACAGAGUCAAAGUCAUAAAAGAAAAGCGGGUCAUUUGGAAUGCUCUCCCUUCUGAUAUCCAAAAGCAGUAUGGAGAAGGUUAUUUGAGGGAUGAUGCAGUGAAGAAAGAACGGUUGGUUAAGAUGUGUGAGAACGCAGAUCCCUCUCUGGUUGUGAACUGUAUGAAACAUGCUUUAAUGAGUAAACACCCACAGGCACGAUAUGUUGUCGGCAAGGAUGCAAAGUUCCUUUGGAUCCCUCUCUCACUCAUGCCAACCUUUUUGCAGGACUACGUACUCAUGAAGAACAAAGUUAAGCUAGUUGAGCCAAAUCUAGGCUAAAAUCCCUUUGUUUGUUUUCAUCAAGUCUCAACUGGUUGGCUCAGGAUAAGAACUGGACAUAUCUUGGCUGCUACUGUUUCUCUAGCCACAACCUAUGAGCACCCAUUUGUAUCUUAGAUGCUGUGCAUAUUUACACAAUGAAGAUAAAAUACACCAGUAUUCACAGGUGAGCAAGUA